UAAUUGUGUGGAUGUGAUGACGCUGCAAGAGUGUUUUUGUACCCCUUUGGGACCUCAGCGAGGCUGAGCAUACAACAUUCCAACUCACACUUCACAACACAAAGGCAAAACCAUGAAAGAAAGGCCGAGCAAAGGUCAUGGGGGCGUUAUGUCUGCCCCUCAAACGGCAAAAGUCGCCAUGAUUUUGCUACCGACACUGCUGCUUAUUUCUGAUGCUAUUUGCAAUACCCAUUGCUCGGCAAUCCCUGAUAACAGCACGGACAUGCUCUCGUUGCUAGAUUUUAAGCGGGCCAUCAUCAACGACCCAAGGCAAGCUUUAAGCUCCUGGAACACCGGCAUCUCCCGUUGCCAGUGGGAGGGAGUCAAGUGCAGCCUGACGCACCCCGGGCGUGUCACGGCCCUGAAUCUGGGCGGCCUAGGCUUGUCUGGCCCAAUUUCCCCAUCUCUCGGAAACCUAACUUUCCUCAAGUCAUUGAACUUGUCCGCAAAUGGCUUCGCUGGCGAGUUACCUCCUUUCAACCGUCUGCACAAUCUGCAACGACUUGUGAUGAGAGAUAACUCAUUGCAAGGAGUCAUUCCAAAUACGCUUACAAAUUGUUCCAACCUAAUUCACUUGGACCUAUCUGGUAACUUCCUCGUAGGUGAAAUUCCCCACAAUAUAGGUUUCCUCUCCAAUCUAUUAAGUUUAGUGCUUUUCCAAAAUAAUCUUACCGGAAGGAUCCCGCCAAGCCUGGGAAACAUCAGCCAGCAGUUAAAAGGAAUGAAUCUUGCAGAUAAUCAGCUCACAGGAAGCAGUCCCGAUGAGAUAGGGCAAAUGCCAAAUCUGCUGGGUUUAGUUCUCUCUGAUAAUAGGCUGUCAGGAGGGAUCCCACUGUACAAUCAUUCUUCUCUCCUACUUUUAGACGUAGGUAGCAAUAUGCUGGAGAAAGCAUUGACAUCUGACUUUGGCGACAACCUUCCGAGUUUGCGGACACUCAUGCUGGGCUCCAACAAGUUGCAUGGUCAUAUCCCAGCUUCACUAGGCAACAUUUCAGAGCUAGCCACGUUAGACUUGUCAUCCAACAAUUUCAUUGGCCAAGUUCCAACUUCUCUUGGUAGGCUUGGGAUGCUGAGUUUCCUAAACCUUCAGGCAAACAAGCUCUCAUCAAAGGAUACCCAAGGCUGGGAAUUCAUAGGUGGGUUAAGCAAUUGCAGUUCCCUGAACGUUCUCGGACUAGCUCAGAAUCAGUUGCAAGGAGCUAUACCAAAUUCUAUUGGUAAGUUGUCAACCCAACUUCAGGAGCUAGGCUUGGAUGAAAACGAACUGUCAGGGCCAGUGCCCGUUAACAUUGGGAACCUUAGUGCUUUAACAGUACUAGAUCUAUCUAACAACAAGCUCGACGGUCCAAUUGAAGGGUGGGUUGGAUAGCUGGAAAAUCUAACAGUUUUAGCUCUUGGCGGGAAUAGCUUCACUGGCCCAAUUCCAUCCUCUAUUGGUCGUCUUAAUAAAUUGGCAGAGAUCCAUCUCGCAGAAAACGAGUUUCGAGAUCGGAUACCACCUACUAUGGGAUACCUCGCCAUGCUCACGAAGUUGAACCUUAGUUAUAACAAUCUACGGGGUAACAUUCCUAAAGAGAUUUUCCGCACUACCUCCGGAUUGACUGAAUGUAUAUUAUCGUACAACAAUCUACAGGGCAUGAUCCCUACAGAGAUAGGUAAUCUUAAACAACUCUUUGCGCUGCAUCUCUCAUCCAACAAACUUUCUGGGGAAGUUCCUGGUGCUUUGGGUGAAUGUCAAGAGCUGCAGAUCAUCCAAGUGGGCCAGAAUAUUCUCACUGGGACCAUUCCAUUAUCUUUGAGCAAUCUGAAGAGCUUAACGGUGCUCAACAUUUCACAUAACAAUUUGUCCGGAUCCAUUCCAACAUCACUAGGUGACAUGCAGUUUCUCCAAUAGUUAGAUCUCUCUUACAACCAACUGCAUGGGGAAAUACCACGAAGUGGAGUAUUUGAAAAUGUCACAGCCGUUUCUCUCAAUGGGAAUCGUGAACUUUGUGGCGGAGCUGUAAAUCUUCAUAUGCCCACUUGUCCUACCACUUCUUCGAGAGAAGGACGACUGUACUACUUCGUCAGAGCAUUGAUCCCUUUAUUUGGCGUCGCAUCACUCGUAAUGUUAAUUUAUUUUGUACUACUCCUCAAGGGGAAGACACCAAAAACAGCAUACUUACUGCUGCUUUCUUUUGGCAAGCAUUUCCCAAGAGUUUCCUACAAGGAUCUAGCUCAAGCUACACAGAGUUUUUCCGAGUCAAACCUGAUUGGGAGAGGAAGCUACGGUUCAGUAUAUAGAGGAGAGUUAACUCAGGCUAAGAUAGUUGUGGCUAUUAAGGUUUUUGACCUUGAAGUGGGAUCUGCAGACAAAAGCUUCAUGUCAGAAUGCGAAGUUUUGAGAAGUAUUCGGCAUCGAAAUCUUGUUUCUAUACUAACAGCAUGUUCAACAGUAGAUAAUGAUGGUAAUGCUUUCAAAGCUCUGAUCUAUGAGUUCAUGCCAAACGGGAAUUUGUGUUAGAAGUAUAAUUAUGUUUAAGUUAGAGAUUAGGAGUUAGAGAUAGAAUAGGAUUAAAUCGUGUACGACUUGCCCUCUACUCCAAGUCUCUCUUCCUCAUAUUGUACUCUAUAUAUACCCCACACUUGGGUCAGAUCAAUACAACAUAGAACAACAGAAAUAUUAGCUAUCCUAUAUUUUCUACAUGGUAUUAGAGCGGUUUGUCCAACGACGCCGAUCCUAGGACUUUCCUCCACUUCCACAACGCGCCGCCCCCGGGAAGAUUAAUCUCCUCUUCCCGGGGGCGCGGCACCCGAUCAAUCAAAGAUUAGACCGGUCUCAUAAUUUUGAUCCAAUUUUCAAGGUCUUCAGCAGUAGAUCAAUUUCAGGUUUAGAAAUUCUCAUUAGAUUAGUUUUUUCAUUAGCCACCAAAAGAAUCCGGCGAUCCUUAGAUGCAAUACGUCCGGCGUAGGCAUCCAUCCGGAUCGCAUACGCGGAUCUCCCGGCGGCUGCAUCUGCAUGGACUUCUUCAUCCGAUCUGAUCAAGCCGUCACCGAUAAACCAGGAAGCGGCACACUCAUGCGGCGCGGCAGGCUCGGGCUCUACAUCGCUAAACUGCCCAGCUGCCACACGUACGAUCUGAUCAGCGCCUUGCUCAUGCAGGCGAUCUUCACACCGACGGCGCCCGAGGUACUUCACGGGCUGUCUCCGGGCAUCAGGAGGGACCAUGCACCGACACCGGGAGGGCGGCGGCUUCCCGAUCCACCCAAAACAAGAGGAACAUGCCGUCCAUGCAUGUUGACAGUACGUGAGCAAAGACGAGCCAAGUGCAAAUACAAUUAACGAUCGUCCAUGUUCAAAUCUCCAUGCAGAUUCACCAGCCUCGUCACGGACUCCACACGGACUCCACGAUUGAUGGUGCAGCUCCAAUCAGUUUUCCGUCCAUGCGACUACGGCACACAGCAGCCGUACGGCUUGUACGCGUACGUGACUACAACGCACCGGCCGAACUCGUCUACAUCGACAUUGAUCCGCUACUUCUGCAUCGAGCCGGCUGACCUGCACCGACUGCAAUCUUCGAGCCACGUCCAAUAACCGCUGCACCAAGCUAUCUUCGCUGAGCGAUCUACAUCGACCCGCGCCACAUCAUCGAGCUGUACGUCUACAUCAUGCCCAAGAGAAAAAAAAAUCUUCAUCGAGCACAUGUACGAGAAGCGACUAUGACAUGCACCGUCCACAUGCCAGGCGGGUGUGAAGAGAGAUGCAAGUCUUCAUCGACUUCUCCGGCGCGACACGGCAUCGACACAUCGUCGCCGUGAGGGACGCCUUCAAGCGACAUCAUCGUCGACACGCUGUUGCAACGCCAUAGCCCACACUUCAUCGCCAAGGUCUUCAUCAACAUGGUCUUCACCAGUAUCAUCGUCAACACACCGCCGCCGCCGCCUCGUCCACAAGAUGGACACCUAGCGUUCUCUGGCGGACUUUUCUGCAAGGCGCGACCUCGACGACGGCAAUGACCGCGUCACGACGACGGCAUCUUCCGCGUCAUCCACGACGGCACGACUGCAUCGACACGGCGUCACUACAGUGACGACCCUACACGGCCUCACGGUUCUGGCAAAACCGAUGUGUGCUCGAUGGGCUUCCUCCGAUCUUGGCAAAAUCGGUGGACUCAUCGCCGACGGCACCCUCUGACAUCCGCAAGGUGCAUCGUCCAUGUCUGCAGCUCCGUCAGAGCGCAUUUUUUUGCGCCUCGGGCUUUGUGCGGCUUCAUCAUCCACGACGACCACACCAUCGACCAUGACUACCUCGACCACGGCUACAUCAUCAUGAUCGGCUACCUCGACAUCGACAUACGGGGCUGCGUCUACAGCAACUCAUCGGCAACAACUCCAGUCAACAGCGUUCGCCUCGUCAUUUGCGUCCACGACGUUCCCGCUGUGACUGCGGGAGGGAAUAGAGGAGAAGGCAGGAAGGCGCCAGAAGGGGACGCAGUCACCGCCUUAACUGCCGACGCAUCAGAGACGCAGUUGAUGAUGGCGUAGCGGAGAAGACGACAAAAGAGCAAGACUUCAAAUUCAGUCGUAAUCGUCCGCUUCACUCCCGUUACGACUGAGGGGAAAUAUUAGAAGUAUAAUUAUGUUUAAGUUAGAGAUUAGGAGUUAGAGAUAGAAUAGGAUUAAAUCGUGUACGACUUGCCUUCUACUCCAAGUCUCUCUCCCUCAUAUUGUACUCUAUAUAUACCCCACACUUGGGUCAGAUCAAUACAACAUAGAACAACAGAAAUAUUAGCUAUCCUAUAUUUUCUACAAUUUGGACA